GUGGCUCAGGGCCAGGCAAAGCUAUCCCUCCUCCUGCGCAACUGCCUCCUGACACGGUGAUCCGGGCGGGCCCCGCAGGCAUUUUAUCCCCUCACCGGCCUCACACUAGUGUCGCAUGUCCACUAUCCAGAACCUCCAAUCCUUCGACCCCUUUGCUGAUGCAACUAAGGGUGACGACUUACUCCCGGCAGGGACCGAGGAUUACAUUCAUAUAAGGAUCCAGCAACGGAACGGCCGGAAGACGCUGACCACUGUGCAGGGCAUCGCAGAUGACUAUGACAAAAAGAAACUUGUGAAAGCUUUCAAAAAGAAAUUUGCUUGUAAUGGUACUGUGAUCGAACAUCCCGAGUACGGGGAGGUCAUUCAGCUUCAAGGUGACCAGAGGAAAAACAUUUGCCAAUUUCUCUUGGAGGUUGGCAUUGUCAAGGAGGAGCAGCUGAAGGUUCAUGGAUUCUAAAAUGAACCUAGACACGCCAAGGAUUUCUUGAAUCAUUUUGUCGUCUAAACCCAGUUUGGCUGCCUUGUGAGAUGAACCUCUGCGGUACACGGACUUUCCCUUUAUUUAAUCCCUCACAGCUCCAUCCACGCGUGCAUGGUUACAGGGAACACGGGGCAGGUAGGCUAGUCACACAUAAGAAAAUUGCAGUAAGAUGGUAACAAGACCCCGUAUUCAUCUUUAACAUGUUUCCAAUGGAAAAUAUUUUGUUUUGAGUGUUUGUUUAUUGUUCGGUUUAUUACUUUUCACUUGAUUAAAUGUUUUGUUGUAUUAAACCAUGUAUGUUGCAGCCUAACAAUAAAAAGGAAAAAAACACCCCAUGGAUCCUUUCGUGAGGGAUCAUGCUGA